AUGUUUAUCAAAAGGGCGCGGCCACGCCCAUCCGCCAGGGCGAGGACGCGGGACGUUGAGGAUGAGGAGCCGGCUGCGAGCUCGCCGCUCGCUGAAUCUGGUGCGGCUGCGGCCGAAGAAGGCGGCGAGGACGAGGCCGGCUCCGUCCUGAACCGCGUCAAAGCGAAGAAGAAGGGCAUGAAGGGGAAAGGUGGGAGAUUGAGCUUCGCUGGAGAUGUCGACUCUGGCGACUCUUCAACCGCGUUCAAGCAGAAGAAGUCGCUGCUCUCGCAAGCGCUGCGCGCGAGCACGCCGAUCGCGUCAUCACAAGCUGCUGCCGCGUCUUCCUCCCAAUCCUACUCAGCCGAGUACCUCUCGGAAUUGAAAGCCGCAACACCUACGCGUGCGCCGGCGGCGGACGACGACGACGACUCGGGGAACCUCAGCCGAGCUGCGCGGGACAAGUACGCGUCGGUCAUCGACGCAGACAGCGCCGCGGGGAUCCCCGACCCAGUGGCCAUCGCGGCCGCUAAGAAUAGACGCAAAGCGGUGGUCGAAGCAAAGCGUCACGGCAUCGAGCCCGGCGAGGACUUCAUCUCGCUGGGGAAGGAGCCGCAUCCCGAAUCCCGCCUGAUGCGCGAGGAGGACGAGGGCGAGGACGGGGAUGAGGACCUGGCGGACUACACAGGCGCCAACGACCGGUUAUACCUCGGCAAGAACGCGAACAAGCGGGCGGCGCAGCGGUUGAAAGGCGAGAUUGGAGAGCUGAUCGAGGACCACGAGAUGGAGAGCGAGUCGGAUGAGGAGACGCGGGAGUGGGAACGCAGCCUCGUUGAGCGCGGUGGUGUGCAGCAGGACGCACCGAAGCCUCAGAAGGUCAAGACUGCUGGGUAUAUCCCAACACCUAUCCCCGCGUCCAGACCAGUGCCAACCAUCAGCUCUGCCGUCGGUCGGAUAGAGCAGCGCAUGGCGGCGCUUAAGGCGACAACGGAGGAACACGAACGCAACCUGGAGAACGCGACCAGGGAACUUGUUCUUCUCGAAGAACAGGAGCGCGACCUUCGCAAGCAGGUCGAGAGCACAGAGGGCAAGCGAGCCUGGGUCGAAGAAUUCCAGGGUUGGGUCGAGACGCUGGGCCACUUCCUCGAGGAGAAAGUGCCGCUGCUGGACGUGAUCGAGAAGGAUGCGAACCGGUUCGCGCAGGAACGCGCCGAACGCAUCUCCGUCAGGCGGGCCGGCGACGAUUCGGACGAUCUCGCGCUCGUGCUCGGUGUAGCUGCGAACCAGACACGGCCAGAGGAGCAGAGUGCGAGCGAGAGUGCACCGAAUUCGGAUGCGCGCAAGAUCCGUAGGCAAGCCCACGCCGAUCGCCGCGCCAGGAGGCGAGGUAUCGUAGCUGCGCCAGACGACGACGGUCUCUCGACCGACGACGAGCUUGACGGCGACCUUGCGGAUGACUACGAGGCCGCGCAGCAUGAAAUCGAACGCCGCGUCCAUGGGCUGCUCGAGGACGUCAAGGCGGAAGACUUGCGCGAUCCCGAGGUUGGCGCUGCUGUGCGCUUCGCCGAAUGGCGCAAGCGGUAUCCGGAGGAGUACGAGGGCGCGUUCGGCGGCCUGUCGCUCGUGCAGGCUUGGGAGUUUUGGGCGCGCGGUGAGAUGGUUGGCUGGGAUCCAGUACGAAGUGACGCGACGCUCGAUUCGUUCAGGUGGUACCGCGGGUUGUACGAGUACUCGCGACCGAGAAUGGAAGACGACGAUGACGAUGACGCGAUGGAUCUCGAGCCCGACGUCGCACCCGAGGGCGACCAAGCUGUCGAGAUGGUCUCGAAGCUCGUUGUCCCGAACCUGCUCAGUGCCCUCGAGAAAUACGACCCCUACUCAGCGAGGCAGACACGCAAGCUCCGCGACGUCGUCGACUUUGUCGGAAUGCUUCUAGGUGAGGACCACAGGAAAUACCAGGACCUCGUGCGCUGCGUGAUCGGCGUCUACUCAUCACACAUAGCCUCACUGGCCACAGCAGUUGCUGGUGCGGCGGGGCCGAUAGCGACACGCGCUCCGCCGUACAACCCCGCCGCACGGAGCGCGAUGCAGCGCUUUGUGCGCCGACGAAUCAAGCUGCUUGCCAACCUCGGGCAGUGGCGACGCCUCGCCCUUGACGUCAAAGACCUCACGGCGCGGGUAGUCAGCCUUACGCUCCGACCUAUGCUUGCCAAAACGUGGUCCGAGGGUGGUGGCGACGAGAUGGGCGCCAAGGUCCUCGCGGUGGCGAAGGAGUUGCCGCCAAACCUCGUCCAGUUCCUACAGACGGGGAGGUAA